AUGAGAAGAAGAUUACAUACAUCAGAUAAGGUUCAGAUUUAUGACCCAAAUGCCCCUACUGACUGCUGGAUAUGCUGUGAUGCCACUGAAACAGAAGAACAUCUGAUGUUUUCAUGUUAUUAUAGCAGAGAGCUGCUCAGAAAAAUCAAGAACUGGAUUAAUAUAGAGUCUACAUGUGAUGACCUGCAUAGACUGGUGAGAUGGAUAUAUAGUAGCAGGAAGUCAAGAUUCCAGAAGGCUGCGUAUGGUGCUGCUAUUGCUGGUGUUGUGUAUGGUGUAUGGAAAGCAAGAAAUGACAGCAAAUGGAACCAAAGAGUCCCCAGUAUCCAACACAUGGAGUCAUGGAUAAAAGAGAAUGUCAGAAGAAGAAUUUUCCUUGUCAUGCCUAGGAAGAUUUCUAGAAAUGAUAGAAACUGGUUCUAUUCACUGUAA